ACUGCUACAUGCAGUAAGAUGAACCCUGAUAGAACUAACACUGGAGGCUGUGAAAAAACAGCUAGGAGUACCCAGCCUUGGUAGAGCAGCAUGAUUUCUUCCUGUAAUUCUUUCUCUCCAAAUUGCCAUACACUUCAGCAGAGUUUGCAACUUCUCUUCUAAGUCUUUAUCCUUCUCCCAAGGCAUGCCUAGCACAGGACUCUUGAACAGUGAUGCCUCAUUAGAGUUGCUGGCCAAUAGAUUGAAGCUGUGUUGCCACAAUAUCCUACAUCCUCCCAAUCUACUGGCUGAGCCCAACCCCACUUAAGAAAGACAAUAAAGAUCUGUGUUCAGAGUCAUACUGAAUAGAGACUUCUGGACUCUAUAGAACCCACUGCCUCCUGAUGAAGUCCCUACUGUUCACCCUUGCAGUUUUUAUGCUCCUGGCCCAAUUGGUCUCAGGUAAUUUGUAUGUGAAAAGGUGUCUAAACAAUGUUGGAAUUUGUAAGAAGACAUGCAAACCUGAAGAGGUGCGUUCAGAACAUGGUUGGGUAAUGUGCGGCAAACAUAAGGCAUGCUGUGUUCCAGCUGACAAACCUUCUGCUUAUCCUUCUUUCUGUGUCCGCUCAAAGACUACAAAAACUUCAACAGUAACAGCAACAGCAACAACAGCAACAACUUUGAUGAUGUCUAAUGGUUUGAUGUCUUCGAUGACUACGAUGGCCGCUACCCCUGUUUCUCCCACUACUUGAACAUUCCAGCCUCUGUCUCCUGCUCUAGGAUCCCUGACUCAUUAAAGCAAAGAGGCUUA